UUUAUCACCAAAAAAAAAAAAAAAAAAAAAAAGAAAUAAAAAACCUUGAAAAUUUUUCCCCAGGGCGGCGGACUCCAGGGUCCAGACAAGGAAGUGCUCACGUAAUUUGCAGCAGGGCGCCAAAAGUAUAAUAUAAAUUAAAAUUCUGACGUUAUAGUGGAACAAAAUUUAAAAUGAAAUCUGGGCGCCAAAAAGAGUAGAAACGGUCUCGUCUCUCCAGAAGUUGAAUCCCAAAUUAGCAAUCUCCAUGGAAAACCAAUUGUGAUGCAGUAGUCCUCCACGAAUUCUACCAUGGAAAAAGGUCUGAUAGCAGUGGACAGGUGGACAGGUGGAAGCCAGGUCUACUUCCUCACCCACCUCCAUUCUGACCACACCAAAGGCCUGUCUUCUUCCUGGUCCAAAGGCCCUAUCUUCUGCUCCCGUCUCACAGCCAAGAUCUUCCCCUCCAAAUUCCCCUGCUUCAACCUCUCUUUGCUUCGCGUCCUUGAGAUCGGCUCUUGGCACUCAAUCCCUGUCCAUUCUCCUUCCACCGGUUUGGAGACCUCUGUCGAGGUUAUGCCCAUUGACGCUCACCAUUGUCCCGGUGCAGUUAUGUUCUUGUUCCGUGGAGAGUUCGGAUGCUUGCUGUACACUGGUGAUUUCCGGUGGGAAACAACGAACGAGAGGGCUAAGAUAGGGAUGGCCAUGCUCUUGAAUGCUGUUGACGAUGUUUCAGUUGAUUUACUUUACUUGGAUAAUACAUACUGCAAUCCAUCGUAUGAUUUCCCUCCUCGUGAAGUUGCUGCUCAGCAGAUUGUUGAUAUCAUUGCCUCCCAUCCUGACCAUGAUAUCAUCAUUGGGAUUGACUCUUUGGGGAAAGAAGAUCUUUUGCUCCACAUUUCACAUGUGCUCAAAAUAAAGAUUAAGCAGAUGAAUUGGCUUCCUCUAGCACAAAAAUGGAAUCUGUUUUGGUUGCAACCAAAACAAGAAUGUGCAGUCUACGGUUUUUGUGGGGCGUAUGGUGUUUGCAACGGAAACAACUUUCCAUUCUGUAGUUGUUUGAUUGGGUUUGAGGCAAAGUUGCCCAGAGAUAGGAGUUUAAAGGAUUAUUCUGGUGGGUGCCAAAGGAAAACUGAACUGCAGUGUGGGGACAAUGGUCUUGCUAAUGGUGAUAAAGACAGAUUUACAAAGAUCCCUAGUAUGGUAUUGUCUGGAUACAAAAAUUCUCUGCAAAUAAGGAAUAUUGCAGCAUGUGAAUCAACCUGCUUAGGUGACUGCUCUUGCACCGCUUAUGCUUACGAUAACAGCAGUAGUUGUUUAAUUUGGAGUGGAGAUCUACUUAAUCUGAAACAAGUCACUGCAGAUGACCGCAAGGGAGAGACAUUGUAUAUUCGACUUGCAGCUUCUGAGUUUCCAAGUUCUAAGAAAAUAGUUAGCGUCAAGAAAAUAAUUACCUAUGUGAGCUCAGCUGCUGCAUUUGCAGUUGUACUGGGCCUUAUUGUGUUUGUUAUUUUGAGACGAAGAAAGAAGAUUGUAGGAAUGGGAAAAGCAGUGGAUGAUUCAUUGGUGGUAUUUGAGUAUAGGUAUUUACAAAAUGCAACAAAGAACUUUUCAAAGAAAUUGGGAGGGGGAGGAUUUGGUUCAGUUUUCAAGGGUACAUUGCCUGACUCAACUGUGAUUGCAGUGAAGCAGCUUGAAAGCAUUAGCCAAGGAGAGAAGCAAUUCCGGGCAGAGGUCAGCACAAUUGGGAUAAUCCAGCAUGUUAAUCUUGUCCGGCUACGUGGGUUUUGCUCCAGAGGCACCAAAAAAUUGUUGGUCUACGAUUAUAUGCCAAAUGGCUCUUUAGAUUCCCAUCUUUUCGAAACGAAGAAUUUGAAGGUGUUGAAUUGGGAAACGAGAUAUAAAAUUGCUUUGGGGACCGCAAGAGGUUUGUAUUAUCUCCAUGAGAAGUGCAGGGAGUGCAUAAUCCACUGUGACAUCAAACCUGACAAUGUUCUUUUAGAUGCUGAAUUUUGUCCAAAACUGGCAGAUUUUGGGCUGGCAAAACUUGUGGGAAGGGAUUUCAGCAGGGUUUUGACGACCAUAAGAGGGACAAGAGGUUAUCUUGCACCAGAAUGGAUUUCAGGACUACCAAUAACAGCAAAAGCUGAUGUUUACAGCUUUGGAAUGCUGCUUUUUGAAAUCAUAUCAGGAAGGAGGAAUUCAAAGUAUUAUGUUGAAGAUGAAGUAAGUUUCUUUCCUAUUUUUGUUGCAACAGUAAUAAUUGAAGGAGGUGAUGUUGUUAGUCUUUUAGACCCGAGGCUGGAGGGGAAAGUUGAUGCUGAAGAGCUUAUCAGAGUUUGUAGAUUGGCUUGUUGGUGCAUCCAAUAUGAAGAAACACAAAGGCCAUCAAUGGGUCAGAUUGUUCAAAUCCUUGAUGGGCUUACAAAUGUGAACUUGCCGCCGCUUCCAAGAUUAUUCCAGGCUACUGUAGGUAAUCCGGAUGAAAUUAUCUUCCCUACCGAAUCAUGCUCAAGGCUAGAAAGUUCACGAGCAGGGAACAGCAUGUCCACAGCCACAUCUAGUGUGAAAAGCACCGAAUCUUCUUUAUUACUAAAGUCUUAAAUAAGAUCAAUCCCAGUGAGAAUAUCAUUUUGCCCUUUUUUUUUUUUUUUUUUUUUUUUAUAAUUUUCUUUACAUGAAUAAAUCUUGUGUGGUAAGCCAAUAAAGAUAUGUAUUACUAUACCUGAUAUCCUGAAUAUCUGUCAUUAGUUUUCCUAGUACUGUGCAAAAAUCUUAGUAUUAUUUCAACGACUUGGAAGAUUUGCUAGGUUUUCCUUUGGGAAUUGUCUUACAUUUAUUGUUAAAAAUUUAUGGGUUAGUCUGUCUAUUUGGAGGCUCAUAACUCCUCGUCCUUCAAAACUUACUACCAUGCUAGCUGUGAUGGGGUUCUUUCAAAACAU